UGUUGGUCCCUUCCUGAAAGUGAUGCCGCUGCCUUUGCAUAUACCCUACAAGGAGGAGCAGUUCCGACCAUGGGGCGGCUAUGGAUCCAUGGAACUGGACUUGCUGAAGGGUCGGCCAAAGCUCAGGGCUAGUUUGGUCCCGAUCUUCUUCUCCAUUGUGCUGCCCUGGUGCCUUUUUGCCUUCACCUAUUUGUCGGUGGCCUCCUCGAUGCAUUUGACGAAUCCUGCAGAGACCAUGGUGGCACUGGCCUGCGGCGCCCUGCUGUUGAUCUGCAUGUUCUUCGCAUGGCUGGAUCGACUGCUGCGCUGGCGAUCACCGGAACCGUCAACGUUGGGAUUCUUCGGAUUUUCCUUCCUGUUGGCUUGGAUCGCAGGCACGGCCAGAGCUAUACGGCCAG